CAAAUUCAUAUUUUUUCUCUAGAAGUAAAAAUUGGAAAUGAGAUCUUGAAUUAAAAUAUUUAAAUCAAAUGAAAGAAAACAUUCAAAUGUCUUUAAAAAUAAUCUCGAACUUCACCAUAAUCCUCUUCGGAUUACUGUGCAUUCAACAUACCAAUGGGCUGUAUGAAGAUCAGAUAAAGAAAUUCGAUUGGAGAAAUCAACAUAUUGGUAACCUGAUCUCGGCCUAUCUUGAUUUGGGUGCUCCCAAUAGUCGUUUGCUUGUGACCACAUCGGAAAAUGUGUUUGCGUCUCUGUGUCCCAAAACUGGCGAUAUUCAGUGGCGUCAAAUUUUUGAAAAAAGUCCACGUGGUGAUAUCAAAUUCAGUUAUAACUUUAAUGAACAAUUAACUGGAACAGCUGCUGCCCGACGUAACUCCAAUCAUAAUUUUGAUUUGCUUACGGUUCAGGGUGUAGCUCCUGCAAUUGUUCGCGGAUGGAAUGCCGCAAGUGGCAACAUCGAAUGGGAAUGGUCAUUGAUGCCAAUCAAUCCUGAUAAAGCCGAUGGCGCAUUUUGGUUCUUUUCCAAUGCAAUGUUGUAUCAUGUGAUCCCAUUAUGGGGAUCGCAUUUAGAAAUCACUAGAUACUUUGCCACGUCUGGUCAAUUGGCUGAUACUUCUACCACAAAAAUAAUUGCACCAUGGAUUGAUCGGGAGAAAUGUAUACAAGCUGGUUUCUACUAUUCAUGCCUGGAAGGCAGUCAGUUGAUUAGUUUGAACCUGGUAUCAACUGAUGCAAAUAUUAUUAAAAAACAACUUCCCAGUGUACCAAAGUCAAAGCCACAUUCUCUAAAGGGAGAAGAUGGUAUUAUCGUUAUCGAAGGGCAACUAGUCAGUGUUGAUGAUUCUGUAAAAGUAUGUCCACUCGCCAAUGGAGGUAGUUACAUAAAAGCGGCCUACAACCAAAUGGGAGUUCUAUUACAAGCUACUCUUGAAAAUCAUAUGCUGACAAUUAAUGCCUUUAAUGCAAAGACUUGCGAUAAUAUCAAGGAGCUGCAGAAUGCUGUUCCAUACCCUGUUCAUUAUGGCCAGCCAACACUGCAAACGUUCGAUUGUGUUUCUGGACGCAAUGAUGGCAAAGGAUGUGCCUUUGUUUUGUCGACCAGCGAUGAGGCUAUUCUCACUGUCCAACAAAAUAAAAUCCGUUGGGCUCGGGAAGAGUCAUUGGCUAAUAUUGUAGCAGUUGAAUUUAUUGAUUUACCUUUGGCCGAUGAAGAAGGAGCAAUUGAAAGCGAAAUGAAAAAUAAGCCAGAGGAAAUCGGAAUUGAGAGUGAUAUUGCUGGGGCAUUUAUACGCCGCAUUACUGGUCAAAGUGCUUUGGCCAAAAGCCUAUUCCUUCAUGUAAUGGGAUUUGUUCCUAAGCAAACUGAUACACAAAAAGCUGGACUAGUUCGUGAUUCCUUUGGAUUGCACAAAAUGCUUGUCGUACUUACUAAAGCUGGAAAACUUUUUGGAAUUGAUAACAUAAGCAGUAAAAAACACUGGAUGCAAUACCUUCCCACGUUAGGAAAUUUCGAAAAUGAACAAAAUAUGCGAUUAAUUGUUCAACGGACAUCAAAGCAUUUUCCAUUACAGCCAAUGUGUGCCGUUGUUGCUAGAAAUAUUGAAACUGGAAAUGGUGUGGUUUUUAGUUUUAAUCCCAUCACUGGCAAACCCACUUCAGAGGGUUUGAUUUCAUUGAAUUACCAAAUAAAACAAAUGAGUAUGCUUCGUGAGAACGAAAACGACUUUGUAAAGGGAAUAUUGCUGAUGGAUCAACAUAAUGUUGUUCAUGUAGUACCUUCCAAUUCAAAGUCUAUGGCUGAUGGAAUGUACAUAUUUACAGCAGAAAAAUCUUCAGCAGAACUGAAUGGAUAUCUUGUAAAGCUGGUCGGGAAUGAACUCAAAACACUACCGAUUUGGAAUGCAAGAUUAGGUGGUCAUAGUGGUGAACAUCAAAUUAUUGCUGUUGCAUCAAAGAAUCCAAUCGAACGUGUCCACUCACAGGGCAGAGUUUUAAAUGAUAGAUCCGUAAUGUACAAAUACAUGAAUCCAAAUUUGGUUGCUGUUGUAACACAAGCUUUGGAUAGUAUUCAUAAAUACAUAAUGAAUGUGCAUUUAAUUGAUGUUGUUUCUGGACAAGUUGUGUUCUCAAUGACACAUCGGAAAGUACGUGGCCCCUUCAAUAUUGUUCAUUCAGAGAAUUGGUUGGCCUACAGCUAUUACAAUGACAAAGUUCGGCGAACUGAAAUAACUACGAUUGAAUUAUAUGAAAGUAAAACUCAAACGAACAGUACCGUUUGGAGUUCUUUAAAUGCACCAACAUUGCCAUUGGUCGAAAGGCAAUCCUACAUUAUUCCAACUUCUGUAGAAACCCUCAAGGAAACCAUCACCGAACGUGGAAUCACAAACAAACAUGUUCUUCUUGGAACAUCAAGUGGUGCUAUUGUAGAGAUGCCCUGGGUGCUUUUAGAUCCCCGCAGACCAAUAACAAUGCCCAAUCAAGCACGUGAAGAAGGUUCUAUUCCUUAUAUUCCAGAACUGCCACUUCCUACAGAAAAUAUAGUCAACUACAAUCAAACUAUCGCAAGAAUAAGAAACAUAUUCACAGCUCCAAGUGGCCUAGAAAGUACGUGUCUUGUUGUAGCAACAGGAUUAGAUUUGUUUGUGACACGAGUUUCACCAUCAAAAACUUUCGAUUUACUAAAAGAGGAUUUUGAUUAUUUCUUAAUUACAAUCGUUCUAAUUGCCCUCACUACAAGUUCUCUGGUAGUGAAACAUCUAUCAGCGAGAAAAAUUCUAAAACAAGCAUGGAAAUAGAAAAUAUUAUUUUUUGUUUAGGUUUAAUUAAAAACAAAAUAGUAAUUGAGUUUUGGUAUUUUAAUAAAAAAUAUUAACUUAAAAAAUACAUAGAUAAAUUAUAAUUUUUGCAGUGCAGAAAUUUUAUAAACAAAAAUAAAAUGUGCUGCACGCACGCCCUUUAAAAUAUA